AAGAAUCUAUGAUCAAAAACAGAAACACGCAUUUGCAGUUGAGCUGGGAAAAAGGCUCGUAAAAGAAGAGAGAGAAUGGAGUCACUACUCAGACGAUCACAUGCGAAGCCCAAUUGUUGAAGCCACGGAGAAGGGCAUCAUUGAGUUGGUAAAUGAGAUUUUAGGGAAAUUUCCGGAGGCUGCGUAUGGAUUGAACAAGAAUAGUGAUAAUGACAAAGGAAAGAACAUAUUGCACAUAGUGGUUGAGCAAAAAGAUUGGAAUAUCUACUACUUGUUGAAGAGGAAAAUAAAACUCAACGAUGGACUGCUGGUGGGAGAUGUUGAUAAUCAUAGAAACACCAUAUUACAUCUUGCUGCCAAAUUGGGUACCCCAAGUUUUAGAUCAGUUCAAUGUGGACAUUUGUACCAGAUGAUGUGGGACGUUUGUUGGUUUAAGCACGUGAGUUACGAGUCUCCCCCACAUUUAUGGUGUCUUCAAAACUCGGGCGGGGAGACGGCAACAGAAGCAUUCGUAAGAGAACAUUCGGAAAUACGAGAGAAGGCUGAGAAUGCAGUCAAAGAUAUGAACAAUGGCCUGAUGCUAAUCGUUGCGUUGAUCGGAACCGCGCGUCAAUUACGCCGCAAUUUUUACCCCGCCGGGAGGUUACCGCCAAAGCGAAGGAGAUCCUCUUUACGGCCUCCCCGUCUUCCUCACGGAUGAUAUGCGCAUGUACUACUUCCAGAUAUUCUGUGGUCUUUUAGCUGCUUUCGUUGCCUUCUCGACUAUGUUUUCGAUUCGGUCGUGUCCGUUCCGCAGGAGAGACUUCUACCUGGACCUGCCCUUGAGACUCUUGCUCGCUAUGACUUCGUUGUUUCUCUCCGUGGUAUUCACCGUCCUAUCGUCUCGACAGGUCUACCUUCUUGAUCGCCUUUAUUUUACUCAGGGCGCAUACUUUACGUAUGUU